CGGAAGUAGCGACAGUGUGGGCGGAAGAGGCCCCGGCUUAGGGUCCUGGGACCGGCCUGGGACUCGACAGCCGAGAUGGAGCUGAGUGCUGAAUCCCUCCGGGAGAAGCUACUGCGGGAAUUGGAAGCGGACCACGUGGAGGUGGAGGACACGACUCCCUCCCGCUGCGCCUCUAGUUUCCGAGUUCUCGUGGUCUCCUCCAAGUUCCAAGGAAAGCCGCUGCUGCAGAGACACAGGCUGGUGAACUCGUGUCUGGCAGAAGAGCUGCCCCACAUCCACGCGUUUGAGCAGAAGACCCUGACCCCGGAGCAGUGGGACAAGGAGCGGCAGAAGUGAGGCGCCAAGUGGGGCGGGAGAUUUCCAUCUCCACUUUAAGACAUUAAACCUCUGGUCUGUGGCUGGGCCCUGUGUUCCCUGCAA